AUGACAUCCACAACCGCAAUUGUAUCUCACGAGCCUAAAGAGCUCAUGAAAUGGGAAUGGUCCCUUGAAGAAGUCACCCUCACUGCCCCAGGCGACGAUGAAAUUUUAAUAGAAAUGUACGCCUCGGGGAUCUGCCACACAGAUAUUCUACUCUCCUCCGUUCCCGCCGGCACACUUGGUGUUCAAUACCCCAAAGUUGUCGGACAUGAAGGGGCCGGAAUUGCCCGUGCAGUGGGCAAGAAUGUUCAAUCUGUCAGCGUAGGAGAUCCUGUACUCCUAUCAUUCAGCUCUUGCUCUGCAUGUAUUCAAUGUCAGGAAUCUCACCCCGCAUACUGCGAUACAUUCGCAUAUCGAAAUUACGUCGGACACGACAAAUCAAUGUCCAUGGAUCCUGAGAAGAAGAUUUGGUCCCAGUUCUUUGGACAAUCUAGUUUUGCCAAACAUAGCAUUGUCAACAAAUCUAGUGUUGUCAAUGCUAAGGAUCUCAUCAAUGAUCUGGAUGAGUUGAAGCUGUUUGCCCCAUUGGGCUGCGGGUUCCAGACGGGUAUGGGUGUUAUUCAGAAUAUCACUAUGGCUAUGCCAAACGAUACUGUGCUGGUUACUGGUCUUGGGGCUGUGGGGAUGGGGUCUGUGUUAACCGCUGGCAUCGUGGAAUGCAAGACCAUUAUCGCAGUUGAUCGCGUCAAGUCUCGACUGGAUCUUGCGAAGCAGCUCGGUGCUACGUAUACGAUUGAUACGAGCGAAGUGGGCUUCACGACGCUAGACGAAGCUGUUCGGAAAUUUGUUUCUACCGGAGUAUCAAUUGCUAUUGAUACUACCGGCGUACCAACGAUAAUUGAACAGUGUGUUCAGGCUACGCGCGCUCGUGGUAAAAUGGUAAUUGUUGGCUCGCCGCCAAUGGGCUGGGAACUGAAGGUUCGAGCUGGACAACAUCUAAACAGUGGUCGAGCUAUUAUGGGAUGUGUUCUGGGCGACUGUAAUGCUCAAAUUGCCAUUCCACAGCUUAUUAAAUGGUACCGUGAAGGGAAAUUUCCCCUUGAGCCCUUUAUUCGCUAUUUCGAUGCCACGGACUACGAUAUUGCUGUCCACAAAUUGGAAAGCGGGGAGGUUAUCAAGCCAGUCUUAGUAUGGAAGCACUAG